CGGGAAUUUUCAAAAUUUCAAAAAUUAAAUUAUCAAUGAUUUGGAAAUUAAUAUUCAUGAAUUUAUUGAUUAUUAAAACAAUUCAUAAUACUAUUCAUACAAAUCAUAAUGAAUAUAAAGGAUUAUUAGUUUUAACAAAUAAUAAUAAUAUUUAUACAAGAAGUUAUUUUUCUAAUAAAUUUAUUAAAGAAGAAGAACAAAUUGAAGAAGAAUCUAUUGAAUUACCAGAAUAUAUUCAAGAAGAUAAUGAUUCUUUGAAUAAUUUCAAUGUGUCAAACUCAUCGUCUAAUGAAACAAGUACCAAUUCAUCAUCAUCAUCAUCAUCAUCAUCAUCAUCAUCAUCAUCAUCAUCAUCAUCAUCAUCAUCAUCAUCAUCACCAUCAUCAUCAUCAUCAUCAUCGUCAUCACCAUCAUCGUCGUCGUCAUCAUCUCAAAGAGUAAAUAAAACAAAACUAAAACAAUCUACAAAUCGUCGUAAAAUAUUUCGUAAACAUUCAACUUCUAUAGAUAUGGGAUUUAGUGGAAGCUACUUUAUUUGUUCUAAUGCUAAUUCAUCAUUGAAUAUUGCAAAUAUAUUCUAUAAUAUUUAUGCUUUAUUAUGUAUUACAUGUUUCAUAAUGGUUACUUAAAUAUGAAUGUUCUAUUGUUCCAUUUUAUAUUAUCAUUUGAAUGACUUGUUUCAU